UGAAUAUUCUCACGCAGAAUCCACAGAGGUCUGUGCUUAACGAGUUGUCACCAUGAAGCAGUCCUUCGUCAUGAUCCUGCCCCUGCUCUUGCCCCUGAUCAGCGCACAGGUGCCCCACUGGGGACCCUGCCCAGAGCCUCCUGUCCAGGCCAGCUUCAAUAUGAAGAAGUUCUUGGGCAGGUGGUAUGAAGUGGCUAAGCUGCCUGCUCAGUUUGAGAAAGGGAGGUGCAUCGAGUCCAACUUCACCAUGAAAGCGGAUGGGAGUGUCCGUGUCGUCAGCUCAGAGAUACUUAAGGGAGAACUGAGGACCAUUGAAGGCAAUGCAGUGGUUCAGGACAUGAGGGAACCUGCUAAGCUUGGCAUCAGCUUCUCCUACGUUCUGCCCUACACGCCAUACUGGAUCUUGUCUACUGACUACGACAACACAGCCAUGGUCUACUCCUGCACCGACGUGCUGAGGCUGUUCCAUGUGGACUUCGCCUGGAUCCUGGCCCGCACCAGGACCCUUCCCGUCGCCACCAUCACCAAGGCCAAGGAACUCUUUAACACCAACAACAUCGACGUCACCCGGAUGAUUAUGAGCAAGCAGGCCGGCUGUGAGAAGGACUACUGAGGCACUGGAACAGCAGAGAGAAGAUAGCAAAGAAAACAAAAGCGGGAGGAAGAGACCGGAGAGGGAGGAUGAAGCGAGAGAGAAAGCAUGCAAGAACGCCACACUCACAGAUCAGGCGGUUUGCUGCAGCCUGUUGGGCAGCGCUGAUUGAACAGAUUGUUUUUAAUUAGCUUCAGUCACUACAGUCCUUUUUUUAUCCACUUUUAUUUUUUUACAUGCAGUGUUUUCAUUUUCUGGUUUAAAGGAUUAAUUUUGCCGAAUAGCUGUGUAAUAUAGGCCUGUUAUAUUGUUUUUCUAGAGUUUUGUAACAUUUCUUCGGCAGACGUAAUUGCAUCACUAAAAUGGAUUCCUAAAUCUGAUUUUGAAAGUUAAUGUAACAAAUUGAAAGCAUGAGAACCUCCAUGAGAGAGAAAAAUAAAGUACAGUGUCUGAACAAGAGUCACGUGAA